AUGCUUCGUCGUACACUGCGGGUAAUGAGUACCCCCAAAACGACUCACACGAAUGCUCAGCAAGAGGUUCUUGAGAUUUCAUCCGCAUAUUCUUUGCUGCGGAUGUGUUAUCGCUCGAUUGACAUCAAAGUGAAGUCGCGUCACGCUCGUCAGUUUUUACAAAAGCGUCUGAUCGAACAGUGGCGCGAGCACUGCCAAGAGACUGACCCCGAGAAGCAGCGAUUCCUUAUGGACCACGCGGGCGCGUUUUUGCAGGCCCUGCACUCAUCGCGCAACCCCAAACCAGGCGAAGUCGUCAAGUUUCAACUUUCUCGAAGAGUGGCGUACGAGGAGGCGCAGAGGGCGAAGGCAGAGCGGGCCAAAACGGUGCAUAAACUUCCUUCUGGCGCUAAGUUGAACUACUAA